AAAUUUCUUAAAGUAACUAGCUGGUGCCAGUAAGUUGGAUUACGCAUCCGACUGCAAAAGCGACAAGGAUUAUUGUGUGGAUCGUAUGAGUUCAGGCGCGGUGGACAGUUAUGAAUUAAGUGACAAACCGGAAACAAAAAUGUAUACUCAAUCAUUCAAGCAUUCCGCGCGUACUUUGCGUAAGCCACGGCAAUUUGCAUGUUCUAAAUAUGGCAACAACAUAACAGACGGGGACAAGCUGCAGUCGGAUGAAGAAGCUGAUAAAUCGCACUCGGAUGCUCUUUGGGCAGAUUUCCUUAGCGAUGUUAGUGUGGGAAGUAAAACCACACAAAAAACAGAUGAUGCUGGAAAAGGGGUCAAUAUCAUUAGCAAACCUGAGGUAAAACUAGAGGAAGCGGAACACACAUUAAACAACCUCGUUAUCAAGAAAAAGCAGACUGAACAUAUUUUAGGUUCGAGGCCCGUGACAUUCAAACGACCGUUAUGCAAUGAAAAAAUCGGCUCUCUUAUCAAUAAAUCAGAAAAGAAAAAAAAAUUAUCAUUGCUAGAAAAGUCCCAGAUGGAUUGGAAAAAUUUCAAAAAAUAUGAAGGCAUAGACGAGCAACUGCGAACUUAUAACAAAGGCAAGGACGGAUAUUUGGACCGUCAAGAGUUUUUGGAGAGAACCGAUCUCAGGCAGUUCGAAAUAGAGAGAAACUUACGGCAAUCUCGCAGGCCAAAUUGAUGCACAACUCAUCACAUUUAUGUAGAGGACCUUCUUGGACUACUCAUUCCUUUUAUGGUAUAACUAAUGUUAAUAAUAAUUAGUUGAUGUAUUGUCAGUGCAUAAGUAUCGUAUCAGCUAUUCUAUUUGUAUUGUUUUUUAAUAAUACUAAUAAUACUACUACUACUCCA